UGCCUUGACGUAUGUACAGUAUACAUUCAUAGCAAGUUGUCUCUUGCUGUUUUACCUAUCCCUCACUGAACUACAACAAAGCGCCGUAACUACACGCCAUGCCUCCGAUCAAUCCAGCUGUUCUCAGCAAUGUAUCGGGCUACAUGUCGAUCGCCCUUUGGGUCGUCGUCUACAGCCCCCAAAUGUGGGAGAACUACCAGCUCAAAUCUGGUGAAGGCCUUUCAGUACCGUUUAUCAUUCUGUGGUUACUAGGAGACAUUACAAAUUUGUUUGGUGGCAUGAUGGCGCAUCUGUUACCUACCGUCAUAAUCCUUGCCGUCUAUUAUACUAUUUGUGAUUUGGUCCUGCUUUUCCAAGUUUAUUACUAUCGUCGCUUCCCAUCACCCAGCGCUCACCAGCAUAUCACAUCUGAUGAAUCCACCCCUCUUCUCCCAGAACCUCGGCAGCCCAAACCUCUUUUGCCCCCACUUAUCGAAUACCCAGUGUUGCUUGGAUUCGUUUUGCUUGCUGGUGCUGGUGCUUGGUUCCUUACCGAUCGGGAUGAAGUCCACGUCCCCGAGGAUCCGGAAGUGACUAUCGAAUGGAAGAGCCAGGCUUUGGGCUGGGCAAGUGCCGUUCUAUAUUUGGGCAGUCGCAUACCCCAGAUUGUACACAAUUACAAGACAAGGUGCGCCGGUCUUUCGCUCGCCAUGUUCUUCUUUGCGAUCUCCGGCAAUAUAACCUAUGUACUUUCGAUCCUUCUCAAGUCUCUCAAUCCUCGCUGGAUCCUCGCCAACGCUCCCUGGCUCGCCGGAUCUGGCCUGACAGUUUUUCUCGAUCUAUUUGUCCUUGCCCAAUUCGCCAUAUUUAGCUGGCAGGACGAGAGGAGGAAAAAGACGUCUGGUGAGGUAGACAAUGAGGAAGAGGAUGGAUAGAUAAUCUGUAAUCUGUAUAUUGCAUGUCCCAUGUCCAAGUAUACGCUUCUUCAAAGUUUGCCGGGCUUUGGAAACACAUGAAUUCAGACGAUUAUUUCUGCCAUGCAUUUCGUCGUUAA